AUGCGGCUCAAGACCAACGUAACUCCUCACCAUCGCUCCUCAUCUCAGACCACCCCCUGUUUCAGGCACGCGUAUCAACUCAACCAAUGCAAGGAGAAGGAGCUGGAGCGGCAGCAAGAGGAAUGUCUCUCUGAGGCGGCUCAAGACCAACCUAACACCUCACCAUCGCUCCUCACCUCACACUUCCGCUUCAACAGUUACUCGAGCAGCAGCCGCAGCCAGAGUGAUAUUAGUGGUAGUGGUGAUCGUAGUAAUUCGUGUGAUUUCAGUAACACUAGCGGCAGCAAGAGGGGUGCAGCAGAGAGCGAUAGCGAUGAAGGCAACAAUGCAAAGAGGCAUAAGAGGGGAAGGAGCGAGAGGGCAAGGAAGGAGGAGCUCACUGGAAGGGGGGUGAGGCAUGGUGCAAAGGAGGAGGAAGCUAAGCUUAGGCGGGAGAGGCAGGAGCAGAAGUGUCAAAAAGCUGGGGGUAAAGAGGCAGGCCAGGCAAGGGGGAUGAGUGGAGCGAGCAGGGAAAGUGGGGCAGGUGGGGCAGGUGAAGGAACAGAGGCAGGGCAGGAUGGGCGGGUACAUGGAGCGGCGGGUGCUGGCAAAUCAGCAGCAGAUGGACAUGAGAAUGCAAGGGCUGGGGAGGGACAUGGAGAGAGACAGGGGCAGUGGAAGGGGCAGGGGCAGGGACAGGGUCAGGGGAGUGGAGGUCGUUUGGCAGAUGGCAAGGGCAAAAAUGUUGUGGUUCAAGGUGGCACCCUGCCAGCGAAUGAGGAAGUGUGGCAGCAGCCAGCAAUGGUGGUGGAGCCAAGUCGAGAAGAGGAGUUUGACGAGUACUUCCAGGGAAUGUUCCUCUAG